AUGAGGAGCUCAGUGCUAUCUGCCCAGAGCAAUGUGACCCUGCGAUGCUGGACUCCUGAAAUGGGUGUGGACUUCAUUCUCAGACAAGGAGAAACUAAUCUGUCGGUCCUGCAGUCACGUGAGUCUACAGAGGGCCUCGCUGAAUUUCACCUCAAUGAUCUCAAAGGCAGCCAGGCUGGAGAGUACACCUGUGAAUACUACAGAAAAGGGUCGCCUGACAUAAGUUCCCAGCGCAGUGACGUCCUUCUGCUGUUGGUUACAGGAUAUUUACCUAAACCUUCCCUCAAAAUCCACCAAAAUCAUAAAGUAUCUGCAAGAGGAAACUUGACUUUUCAGUGCCAGAAGCUGGACCCUCUUGUUCAGCCUGUGAUGUUCGCUCUGCUGAAGGCGGGAACUUCCAACCCCCUCCAGCUGAGGGGGCCAGAAGAGAAUGGGGUUGAGUUCUCCCUCCAGAACUUGACAGUAGGUGACACUGGCAGCUACAGCUGUGUGUACUACCAGUCAAGUCCGCCUUUCCUGGCCUCGCAGCCAAGCAAUCAUCUUGAGAUCUGGGUGACAGGCGAUUACACCACAGGGAACCUCAUCCGUUUGGGUCUGGCUGCCCUAAUCAUGGUCACUAUGGGAGCUUUCCUGGUUGAAGCCUGGCACAGUCAGAAGGAGUCUCCAAAUACAUCGGCAUAA